AUGUCGCAGAAGCUGGUGAAACAAUUGGCGGAUGCUGGCUUGUCGAGCCUUCAAGCUGUCUUGGAACACCUGGGUAUUCUCACAUUUAGUUGCUUGGGGAAACUGAAUGGUGAGGAGCUCCAGGAGUUAUCGCAACGGCUCAGGGCUGUGGGCUUUGGCCCCGGCCACACCUGCGCCUUGCGACAACUCUGCUCCGCUGCCAGUGAGGAGGAAUCCGACCUAGAGAAGGACUCGGCCACGAGUGUCACGAAGCUCCUCUCAACCAAACUCCAAUCAGCUCUUCGCUGCUCGGGGCUGGUCCAAAUACAGAUGGUUCUAGCCCAAUGCGGAGUGCGUUCCUGCAAUUGCCUGGCAAAUCUUGCACCAGAAGAGUUGCAAGAGGUGCGGGCCGCGCUGAAUGCAGCAGGCUUCAAGGAGAGCCGCAUACAGGCAUUUACCGAUCUCCAGAAUGACAUCGCCCGCGCGUGCCAGCACAAGUCCACUGGAACACCCGAAGUCGUGGAGAAUGAGCUGGCCAUCUCUGCAUCGUCUCACUCCGCUGAGGAACGGCCCGGGAAGUUCCGGCGCCUGGCAACGCCUCGCAGCUGGUGCGACGAGAAGACGGAGCAGCUGCUGGCGCUGCUGCGGAACUUCCGGGGACGCGAGCUGUCGGACACUCUUGAAGAGGAGUUGCGGAUCGCUUUGACCACUGGCGUCAUGCCUGAAGACGAGAAGGCGCGCGAGCCAGAGACGCCCACCCGACCGGAGCGCCGCCCCGUGACGUCGGUGAAGGGUGACGGCGAGCAACGCCUCACGCGCCACAGAAUUGAGAAGACGUUGAGUCACUCCAAGGCGAUCCAGGCGGACAUUGUCAAGUACCGGGACAAGGUUUCCGGUAAGCUGGUCGAAGCACGUGUUCCCACUGCGGUCUUAGCACUCUUGAAACUUCGAGCAUCGUGCAGUGGCAAGCCGGUCUCGGAUCAAAAGCUCGCACGCAUGGCCGUGGAUGUGCCACUCGGACUAGACCAAUGUCUUGUCGGAAGCAUCCCUGGGUACUACUGUAGUGGCAAGCAUGGUAACUUGCAGAUGACAGUUCAUUAA